AUGCGCCGCUUUGGUUAUAAACAAAGCAACUCAGAUCAGACUCUUUUUCUCGAAAGUCAGAAGGGUAAGAUAACUGUGUUGAUAAUCUAUGUGGAUGAUAUGGUGAUUACAGGAGAUGAUAAUGAUGAGAUUGGAAGACUGCAACAGCAGUUAGCUUCUGAGUUUGAGAUGAAAGAUCUUGGAGACCUAAAGUAUUUUCUGGGAUUGAGAGGGGUAGCAAGGGGGAGAAGUGGAAUCUUCUUAUGCCAAAGGAAGUAUGUUCUGGACCUCCUAACUAAAACAAGUUUGUUAGAUUGCAGACCUAUUGACACACCUAUUGAGGAAAAUCACAAGCUGGCAGAGCAUCCUGAUCAAGGUUCUACAUAUAGGGCUACAUAUCAAAGAUUGGAUGGAAGAUUAAUUUACUUGUCUCAUACCAGAGCAGAUGUAGCAUAUGCAGUUAGUGUAGUGAGUUAG